CUCAAACGAGAACAUCUUCCCAGCCUCCAGUGACUGUGUUGCAAACAUCCAUCCAUCAGGAUCAUCCUUUGAUAUCAUAUAUCAUGAUGCAUUUCUUCAAGAUUCUCACCGUCGCCUGUGCCGUCUGGCUUGCUUUUGCCGCUGUUAUUCCCAGACACAGCCUCACUAGCACUGUCGACGAGACCAUUGAUCAGACCAUUGUCCUGGCUGAGCCCAACGUCUCUGAGCCUAAGACCAUCACCGCCGUCCAUGAGACUCAGACCAUCACCGUCGUCCCUGAGACUCAGACCACCACUGCUGUCGCUGGGACUCAGACUAUCACCGCCGUCCAUGAGACUCAGACCAUCACCGUCGUCCCUGAGACUCAGACCACCACUGCUGUCCCUGGGACUCAGACUAUCACCGCCGUCCAUGAGACUCAGACCAUCACCGUCGUCCCUGAGACUCAGACCACCACUGCUGUCCCUGGGACUCAGACUAUCACCGCCGUCCAUGAGACUCAGACCACCACUGCUGUCCCUGGGACUCAGACUAUCACCGUCGUCCCUGAGACUCAGACCAUCACCGCCGUCCAUGAGACUCAGACCAUCACCGCCGCGCAUGAGACUCAGACCAUCACCGUCGUCCCUGAGACUCAGACCAUCACCUACACCGUGAUAGUAUACGAGAUGAUCACCCCUACUGUGACACCAUCCCCCGCCACCGAUACAGUAUUCUCGACAGUCACCGUGACCGCUGAUGCCCUUUCCAAGGACAACCAACCCCUUGUAAUUGUGACACAACCCACCGUCACCGAGACAGUAUUGGGGAAGAUCACCACUUCCGCCUCCUCUGAGGCCGAGAAGCCCCUUACUACUACCGUGACAACGUCCGGGGUGGUCACCAUUGCCAAGGACUCUCUGGCCCUUUCCAAGCGUGGGCAGGCUCUCACUAUGGCACCACCCACAGCCACUCCCACCCGCCCUGGCAAACAAAACAUGCUCGGCACCCAAUCUCCCCUAGCCACGAUCACAUCGCCCCCAAAUAUUCUCCAUGCCCGUGCCCAUGACUGGCGUGCCGACAGGGACAAGGCUAUCUCGAAAGCUCGCGAGGCCGGCGCACGCGGCCGCAAGCAAGGCGAGGAGGGCCGCCAAAAAGGCCAGGCAGCCGGCCAGGACGCCGCAGGCUCAGCAGUCCGUCGUAUGGUUGGGCAGGCUCUCACUAUGGCACCACCCACAGCCACUCCCACCCGCCCUGGCAAACAAAACAUGCUCGGUACCCAAUCUCCCCUAGCCACGAUCACGCCGCCCCCCAAUCUUCUCCACGCCCGUGCCCGUGACUGGCGUGCCGACCGGGACAAGGCUAUCUCCAAAGCUCGCGAGGCCGGCGCACGCGGUCGCAAGCAAGGCGAGGAGGGCCGCCAAAAAGGCCAGGCAGCCGGUCAGGAGGCCGCAGGCUCAGCAGUCCGUCGUAUGGUUGGCGAAACAAGCCCUCCCUCCAAGUUGAAGCAAGCUAUGGCAUACGUGUCAUCCAAGCUUUAUGGCCUGCCAACCGCCUCGUCGGCAACCCCGUCGUUGACCCCGGCGGCAGCCGCUACUCCUACCCCAGAUCCUCAUCAUGACGACCAUCAUAGCCAUUCUAAUGGGCACUCAUCCCCGGCGAUCGCGGUCAAGCCGUCGACGACUCCUGCCCGGCUUGGGCCGUACGCUACUUCGAUCUCAGAUCACCACAGCCAUGAUGACAGUCAUCCUGAUGACCACAAUCACCAUGAUCACGAGCACUCAUCGCCAGUCAUUGUUGUUGAGGUGUUGGUGACUCCCACCUCAGUCAACCCGUUGACAACUACCAUUACCCCAGCCGACCUGUUAGCUACUGCUACCUCAGUCGCCGCGUCGCCUGCUGCUACCCCAGCCAACCCGGUCGCUCCUGGAACCGCGGAAGAGCCGUCACAUUCUCCAGAGGAUGAUGAGCCAGUUCAGGGCGAGGGACCGGAGGAGGAGGCCAGCAGCGAGACAUCCAACUUCGUUCGCUCGGUAGUCAACAGCAUUGCUGCCAUAGCUAUUGCUGGUGCCCGGGUAUAG